AUGUCGAAGAGAGGACGCGGAGGAUCGGCGGGGAACAAGUUCAGGAUGUCGCUGGGUCUGCCAGUGGCGGCGACAGUGAAUUGCGCCGACAACACCGGUGCGAAGAAUCUGUACAUCAUUUCGGUGAAGGGCAUCAAGGGGCGGCUCAACCGCCUUCCGUCUGCUUGCGUUGGUGAUAUGGUGAUGGCCACCGUUAAGAAGGGGAAGCCCGAUCUGCGUAAGAAGGUCAUGCCAGCUGUCAUCGUCAGGCAGCGCAAGCCAUGGCGCCGAAAGGACGGUGUCUUCAUGUACUUCGAAGAUAAUGCUGGGGUUAUUGUGAAUCCCAAGGGUGAGAUGAAAGGUUCUGCCAUCACUGGCCCAAUUGGAAAGGAGUGCGCUGAUCUUUGGCCUAGGAUUGCCAGUGCUGCGAAUGCCAUUGUUUAG